AUGGACUUCGAUGAGAGCAUCGGGAAUGAGCUCGACAGAUUGCGGAAUAAUUUCGCUACGGAUGAAUAUCUCCAUCAGCUCUAUUUGCUGUGCAUCGAAAAAAUCAAUGCGAUUUGGUUGAUUCAUUCGGUCAAAUUGACGAGACUCUGGCAGAAUCGAGAGAUUCGGAAACUCGAGAACGCAAAUUAUGCGAACUUCUUGGAACACCUCGAAAAAAUUUUGAUCGGGCUUCAUGUCACUUCGAUCGAGGCGGGUGUCCGCAUUUAUCAGAAUAAGAAGAACAAUGAGCAGCCGGCGAUUCCAUGGCGAAAAUUUGAUGAACGAUUGGAGGAGAUUGUGAAAAUUUUCGGGGGAAUCGAUCACUUGAGGAUGCUGCUUGAUGCAUUUCAAACAAUGCCUUUUACGUCGGAAUGUCUCACGCACGCAUUCCAUGUCUUCUACAAAGCCAUUGAUAUCGUCAAAGAGGAAUUCGAUUUCGAAUUGGAGUGUUCCGAUGAUCUCGAAGAAGAAGUCAGCGUGUUGUGUCUUCUCAACCAAAAAAAUUCGCGUUUAAUCGAAACGAUUGAAAAGGCCAACGAGAUAAUCAAGAUGGUUCAUCGGGUGAAUGAGAUUCUCGAUCUCUAUGAGAGAAUCGUCGAUACCGUAACCUGUCCGCCAAUUCAACCCAAUUCGAAUGCCUUCCAUCCAAUUUUUGUCAAUCUUUAUUUUCUGCAUAAUAGCAUUGUUGGAGGUGUCUAA